GUACAAGGGAGCGCUCAAGAUGAUGCAGGUGAGGGUGGCGCCGCGCCGCGCCGCGCCGCGCGGUUGUCAAGCAGCAGCGAAGCGUGUCACGCGCAAAGGAAACGGAGAGUCCCCGCGGAGAAGGCGGCGCAGGUGAGUCUUGCCGAGGUUCUCCAGAGGCUCUUGAAUGCGGAAAGACUGACGGGACGGGAUGCUGACGCUUUCUGUCUGAAGGAGCGGACUGCCGCGGGCGCACUCGCACUCGCACUCGCACUCGCCGGCGGAGGUGUGCGUGCGCAAACGUCUCCGGUCGGGCGGCGGCAGCUGAGAUUGCCGUCUUUUGCUCGGCCCCGGACAUGGGCUGUUUGGGAGGGAAGACGGAUGAAGAACGGCUGGACGAGAAAGUCAAACGGGAAGCCAACAAAAAGAUCGACCGACAACUGCAGAAGGAACGGCAAGCCUUUAAAGCCACGCACCGACUGCUGCUGCUGGGAGCCGGCGAGUCUGGCAAGAGCACGAUCGUCAAACAGAUGAGGAUUCUUCAUGUUGAUGGUUUCAACCCUGAAGAGAAGCAGCAGAAGAUUCAAGACAUCAGGAAGAAUGUGAAGGAUGCCAUCGUGACCAUCGUGUCGGCUAUGAGCACAUUGACUCCUCCCAUGCCUCUGGGUGACCAUGGCAACCAGUUCAGAGUUGACUACAUCAAGGGGAUCGCACCUCUGUCUGACUUUGAAUACACUGAGGAAUUCUUUGAGCACGCUCAAAAGCUUUGGGAGGACGACGGUGUGAAAGCGUGCUUUGAACGCGCCAACGAAUACCAGCUGAUUGACUGUGCUCAGUACUUCUUGGACCAUUUGGACUCUGUGAGAAGGGCCGACUACAGUCCUACCGACCAGGAUUUGUUGCGCUGCCGAGUUCUAACGUCAGGGAUUUUCGAGACCAGGUUUCAAGUGGACAAGGUCAACUUUCAUAUGUUUGACGUGGGAGGACAGAGGGAUGAACGCAGGAAGUGGAUUCAGUGUUUCAACGAUGUCACGGCCAUCAUCUUCGUGGCCGCGAGCAGCAGCUACAACAUGGUGAUCCGAGAAGACAACUCUACUAAUCGCCUGCAAGAAUCUCUGGACCUCUUCAGAUCCAUUUGGACCAACAGGUUUUUGAAGACCAUCUCCGUCAUCUUGUUCCUCAACAAGCAGGAUGUGCUCGCUGACAAGAUACUGGCUGGGAAAUCCAAACUGGAGGAUUAUUUCCCCAAAUACUCCAACUACACACUUCCCCCUGAUGCUGUUCCAGAUGUGGAUGAAGAUGCCAGGGUGACCAGAGCAAAAUUCUUUAUCAGAGAUGAGUUCUUGAGGAUCAGCACGGCGAGCGGCGACGGCAAACAUUAUUGCUAUCCACACUUCACGUGCGCCGUGGACACCGAAAACAUUCGCCGCGUGUUUAACGACUGCCGGGACAUCAUCCAGCGCAUGCACCUGCGACAGUACGAGCUCCUCUGAUUGGCCGCUUGCCUCUGACUAGUUCCCGCCCACUUCCUGAACCAAGCCAGCUCAUACAUAGACAAGCACAUAUCCCCGUUCACUCCAGUGGCCCCAAAAAGACGAUUUUGUCACCGCAAAGCACGUCUCCGCUCAGCUAUCUUUGCCAGGCGGAAGCGCGCCGUGCUCUUUGAAUGCCAGUUUAGUUGCGUGACGUGCCGUGACAUUUGUUCACGGCAAAGCCACCUGAUAGACUUUGGCGCAAUGGGAAGCUCGGGCAACACUCAAGUCAAGAGAAACAAUGUUUUUGUCCUAAGCACUGCUCCAGAUGACGAACGUGAUUCGUUAAUCGACCUUUCAUUCAUGUAAGGUAGCUUUAGAUCACAGGUGUCAAAGUCCGGUCCCGGAGGGCCGCGGUUUUCCAAGUCUCCCUGUUGCAACGCACCUGAUUCAAAUGAUCAGAUCAUCGGCAAGCUUUGCGGAAGCCCGCCGUUGAAGCUGUUCGUUUGAAUCGGGUGUGUUGCAACAGGUAGACUUGGAAAACAUGCGGGACAGCGCCCGCGGCCCUCCGGGGUCGGAGUUUGACACCCCUGCUUUAGACCAUUAAUAUACUUGCGCGUGAUGGUACAUACGGUAUGUUUGCUAGCACUUGGUAGGCGCUUUGUGCUUGUUGUGGUCAAGUGAAAUAAAAGCAGGUGUGCUUCUUA